AGUGCCCUCACUCGCUGAAGAGCAGGAUUUGCAUUUCCUUUUUCCUUCGUUUAAUUAUUUUAUGCUUGUUGAUUAGUGCAACCUACACUACUCUUCCUCUCCUUUAAUUCUGAUUCAUCGCUUAUCAUCUUGCACCUGACAGCGUUUUUCCAUCUUGUCAGAGGUACCUGUACACUAAAUCUUAACAUGACUACAUCAUUUUCUCGCCUUGACAUUGAUGUACGCAGGUUACUGGCUCGAUGUGAAGAAAUGGCCCGGGAACAGAACUCUGAAGAGACUUGGAGACUAGAAAAGUUUAUUGGAACAUUGGAGGAAAUGGUUGAAGAAUUGGAAAAGUUAAAUCAAGAUGCAAGCAACAACAAUAUUUUCUUAUACAAGAGAAGGAUCGAAUUUUUAAGAGGACUGCUGAAGACCCAAAAAAUUGAAAAUCCAUUCGAAAAAGUGAUGGCUGCCCAGCUUCUGUCUUCAAAUUUACCCAACAGCCUCACCAAAGAGAUACAUCAAAAGACAACUGCCAAAUUCUCCGGUGAGAUACGAGAUGAGCUUUUUGAUCUUCAAGGCAGCAGUCUAAGAUUUCGCGAUGUGCAACAGGCAAAUAUUUAUGAGAGCUUGGACGAUAGUAUAAAAAGCCAACAAUCUAAGCAGGCUCAUAUCGCUGAAGAAAUGCUCAUCAUGACAAGGAACAUGAAAGAACUCAGCAGAUUAGCUGGCGAUACCAUCAGAAAAGACGUCCGAACUUUUGAAAAUUCAUCUGUACUCGCAGACAGUAAUUUUUCUAAAUUGAAAGUCGAAGCAGAAAAACUAGAACUACUGAACAAAGGGGCAUGGAAGUGUUGGAUGUGGCUGAUCAUAGUGCUCGUACUCUUCAUAUUUGUUUUCAUGGUGAUUUUCAUGAAAGUUAACAAGAAGAAAAAAUGACACUACAUCCAUGGAACUCAAAUGCCAUGAAGCUUUGAUGAGAGAACCUCCCCAGCUGCGAAAAACAUUGCUAAACCAAACUGACUGUGAUGUUUUACUGUAUAGCUAAUGUAAUUUUUUUUAUCAUCUGUAUCAUAUUUUUUGCACGUAUUUUGUACUUGUUUUAAAUUUUAUUUGUUUUAUUACAACAUCUGAUCUGAAA